GGGCGGGGCCUGGAGGGGGCGGGGCCAGCGCGGCCCUUCCCGCGGCAAAAGUGCGGCGCGCGCCAACUUCGGGCAAAACUUUCCCCGCGCGCCGCCGACACCGGCCCCCCCGGCCCCGCGACCCCCGGACCGCGACCCCCGCCAUGCCCCGCCGCGGCUGACACCGCCGCCAUGUACUCCCCAUACUGCCUGACCCAGGAUGAGUUCCACCCCUUCAUCGAGGCACUGCUGCCCCACGUCCGGGCCUUCUCCUACACCUGGUUCAACCUGCAGGCCCGCAAGCGCAAGUACUUCAAGAAGCACGAGAAGCGGAUGUCGAAGGAGGAGGAACGUGCCGUCAAGGACGAGCUACUGGGCGAGAAGCCGGAGGUCAAGCAGAAAUGGGCCUCGCGCCUCCUGGCCAAGCUGCGCAAGGACAUCCGGCCCGAGUGCCGUGAGGACUUCGUGCUCUCCGUCACCGGCAAGAAGGCGCCGUGCUGCGUCCUCUCCAACCCUGACCAGAAGGGCAAGAUCCGCCGCAUCGACUGCCUGCGCCAGGCUGACAAAGUGUGGCGGCUGGACCUGGUGAUGGUCAUCCUCUUCAAGGGGGUCCCACUGGAGAGCACCGAUGGCGAGCGCCUGGCCAAGGCCCCCCAGUGUGCCAGCCCCGGCCUCUGCGUCCAGCCCCACCACAUCGGUGUCACCAUCAAGGAGCUUGACCUCUACCUGGCUUAUUUCGUCCAUGCGCCUGACUCUGGACAAUCCGACAGUUCAAACCCCCAGGGGGAUGCGGACAUCAAACCACUGCCUAAUGGGCACCUGACCUUCCAGGACUGCUUUGUGACGUCGGGUGUCUGGAACGUGACGGAGCUGGUGAGGGUGUCCCAGACCCCUGUGGCGACGGCGUCAGGCCCCAAUUUCUCGCUGGCCGACCUGGAGAGCCCAGGGGGCUACUACAACAUCAGCCCUGUUGCCCUUGGCCGCCGGCCCCUGGGACCUCCUGCCACCAGUGGCCCGAAGCGCCCCAAGGCACUGGACGAGGGGGACCUGGAGGGUCCUGGGGACGACGUCUUCUACCCUGGGCCAGGGCGGUCCCCAGCCCCCGGCAGCAGCCAGGGGCCCUGGGGGGGGGACGUUGACACCGGCCCGGCGGCGCUGAAGAAGUCGGGGAAGUUGGAUUUCUGCAGCGCCCUGUCGGGGCAUGGGGCCGCCCCCCGCAUGGCCUUCGGCCACCACCCCCUGCCCGUCCUGGCCGGCGUUCGCCCCGGCAGCCCGCGGGCCACCGCCUCGGCGCUGCACUUCCCGUCGGGGUCCCUCCUGCCCCAGUCGAGCCCCUACUUCGCCCACCCCACCAUCCGCUACCACCACGGGCAGGACUCGCUCAAGGACUUCGUCCAGUUCGUCUGCGCCGACGGCGCCGCCCAGGGCCCCCAGCAUUCGCAGCGUCAGGCGCCGCCGCUGCCCCCCGCCUUGUCGGCCUCGGACCCCGCGACAGCAACUUUCUGACCCUCCCCCAGCAGCAGUCCUGGUUCCUCUGACGCUGCCCCCGGACGAGGAGAAACCGCCCGGAAAAAGGAGAAAAAAAGAAAAAAAAGAAAAAAAAAAAGCUGCAGCCCCCCUGGCCCCCCCCCCCGCCACCGUCCGCCCCCGGGGGGGCCCCAUACCCCACUCCCCCCCGACGUGGAUGAGGGUUCGGCCUCUCUGAUGUGUCCCCCCACUCCCCCAACCCCCGGCACAGACAGGGUCACCCUGGACCCCCUGGGGGUGUUUGGGCCCCCCCGCCCCAGCCGCAAUCUGGGGGGGGGGAACACGAGGCCCCUGGGGGGUGGGGUCACACGCGUGUGCGCUCACACCACCCCGCGCGCGACACGUCUGCGUCCCCUGCACCGCGUGGUCACGCCGCACACGCGUCCGUACCCCCCACCAUGCACACUCUCACACGUGUGCACCCCCGCACACGCGUGUGCCUCGGUCACCAGCACUUGCACACGCACUGCACACGCGUGUGCCGGGGGGCCCCCUUGCUGCAGGCCAGCGAGUGGGGCUGGGGGGGCCUGAAACACCCUGAAUCCCCCAAAACACCCCCUGCCCCCCUUCUCCCCCCUGGCUUUUGGGGUCCACCUGACCCUCCCCCCCAGCUCGUUUUUUUAAUUAAGUGCAAUUACCCCCGGGCGAGGCCCCCCUUCCCCCCUUUGGGGUCAAACUCCCGUGUUUUGGGGUCCAACCCCACUUGGGGUCAAACCCCUUCACCCCCCCCCCCCCCCGGGUUUGGGGUCAAACCCCCCCGUUUUGGGUCACACCCCCCCAUCUGGGGCUGAUCCCCCUUUUGGGGUUAAACUACCCCCUUUUUGGUCCAACCUCCCAAUUUGGGGUUGAACCACCCUAUUGUGGUCUCCUCCCUCCCCCUGGGGUUAAACCCCCAUUUGAUGCACCCACCAGGGUUAACACCACCCCCCCUUUGGGGUCAAACUUCCCAUUUGGGGGUCAAACGCCCCCUUUUUGGGUCCCCUCCCAGCUCUCCAAGUGCUUUUUUUGGGGGAACCCCCCAAUUCUCCCUGAUUUUGCCCAUUGGGGUCUCCCCUCCUGCCCCUUCCCCAGCAAUUUUGUGUUUUUUAUUAUCGUUUUUGGGUAGUUUUGCUCCGUUCCCGCGUUCCGGGGGUCACUUGGGGCCCCAAUUCCCGACAUGGAGCCCACGGCUGAGGGGAGGGGCAGCUGGCGGGGGGGGACAGGAUUUGGGGGCAUUUUGCUCAUUUUGGGGUUUUUCUGCACCUUUGGCUGAUUUCGGUGUCAGGGGAAUGGGAUGGGCCCCCCCCCCCCAGGGCAGUUUGGGGGGUCCACACACACUCCCCCCCCUCCCCAGCUCCCAGAUUUUGGGGUCAGAUGGACCAAAACUGCAUUUGCCUUAGACACCCCCCCCCGCCCCCCACGUGCCUUCCCCCACCAAUGGGCUCCCCAGAAUGGGGACAAUCAUUAGGGCCCCUGUUUUGGGGAUUCCCACUCUGGGGUGAAAUCCCUCUUUGUGGCCCCUACCCCCGGGUUUUUGGGACACCCCCUCCCUCUCCUGGAACCCCCACCAGCAGUGCCCCCCAAGAAACAAGCCCUCCCAUACCCCCAAUUUUUGGGUUCCCCCCAAUUUGGGGCCCCCGUUGGGGCCCCACACCAGCAAUGGGGCCCUAAACAUUUGGGGACCCCCCACCAGCAAUGGGCCCCUCCCCGGGCAGUGGGAAAGCCCCCCCGGCCCCCCAAUUCCGGGUACCCUGACUUCGGGAACCCCCCCCAAGCCCUGGGUGGGGUGGUGCGAUGUUGGGGGGCCGUCGCUCGCGGACCCCCCUCCCCCCCCACACCAGCGUUGCACAUUUGGGGACCCCCCCAGGUCGCCCCUCACCCCCGCACGUGGUAGUGACGUCAUUUCCCUUUGGGGUGGGUCGGCCCCUCCCCCCAGACCGAGGAGAAAAGGAAGAAAAAACAACCCAAAAGGCGCCGCCCGCGAGCGGGAAGGAGGAAAACCCGCGGAUAAAGGGGCAAAAAGGAAAAAAAAAAAAAGGAAAUAAAGUGUCGUACCCGC